AUGCAGUUCUCUACUCUCCUGACCAUCGCCACGUUCGCUGCCACUUCCUUUGCCGAUGCUGCUGGAUCUGCCCAAGUCUCCUGCUGGACCAAGAUUGGUGGCACCUGUUACGGUGUUGCUGAUUCGGUCGCCAAGCGUGAGCUGACCAGCGUGUCGACUACUUCCCCUUACUUGGUGAAUGAAGAUGCUAUCAUCAAAGUUAGCCCUGCUACUUUGUCCAGCAUGGUACAAGACUUGCACCUUGAUGGUAGCAAGGUCGCCAACUUCUUUGGCCUCGCCAAGUCCGAUGCCACCACUCUUUCCGACAACUCCAACUCCUACUUUGCUUUGACUUCCGACAGCCUCGACGCUCUGGCCACUUAUCUCGACGUCCCUCUGGAGAAGAUUGCCAACUACUUUGGUCUGUACGCCAGCGACGCCAGUCUCGAGGCUCGUUACGAUGGCCGUAGCCGUGAGUGCUACCAGUACCUCCGCAGCCGCUGCUGGCGUAUUGGUGGAGCCAACCUUUGA